AUACCAUUUUCUUCGCUUGUAUUCCUUGUCCGGAUUAUACUCCAUUUUCGUCGAGAUUACGAUCACAAAAAUGUCAGGCCGUACGGGCGGCGGUGGAGGAGACGGCCGAGGACGGUCGCAACGCGGUGGUGGUCCCGGCGGUAGGGGCGGUGGGCGUGGCGGCGGCGGUCGUGGUGGUGGUCCCGGCGGUAGAGGCGGUGAUCGUGGUGGUGGUGUUGCCGGCCAUGAGGGAACCGGCGGUAGGGGACGCGGUGGUGGUCCCUCACCGGCUUACAGUGUGGGAUCACCAUUUCCCCAGAUUCCCGCCACCAUUACGGCUCAGUCUCUGAGCUCCGAUAUGGAACAAAAACUCACGAUUCGACCGUCUGAAGUCGGGUCAUCUUCGUCCAAACAGCCGGAAGUCGAGUCUCCGGUGCUCCCUCCGGCGUCGACAAAGGCUAUUCGUUUUCCAGCUCGGCCGGGGUGUGGGUCGAUAGGUCAGAAAUGCGUCGUACGAGCUAAUCACUUUUUGGUUCAGAUUGCUGAACGAGAUUUACAUCACUACGAUGUGAGCAUUACUCCUGAGGUUACAUCAAAGAAAGUUUGCAGGCUGAUUAUCAGCCAAUUAGUUACAAAUUACAAAGGGUCCUACUUAGGCAAUAGGAUGCUUGCUUAUGAUGGAGGCAAGAGUGCUUAUACUGCAGGGGAAUUGCCUUUUGUCUAUAAAGAUUUUGUUGUGAAGUUAGCCGAUGAGGAUGGGGGUUCAAGGCGGCGAGAAAGAGAAUUUAAAGUGUCAAUCAAAUUUGCUGCCAAACAUAGUCUUUAUCAUCUUCAACAAUUCUUGCAACGCAAGCAGCAUGAUUCGCCACAAGAAACCAUACAAGUUCUUGAUGUGGCUUUGAGGGCAAAACUAUCAUCCAAAUAUGAAGUUGUGGGGAGAUCAUUUUUCUCACAUGAGUUUGAAGAGGGACACCUAGGUGAUGGUUUGGAUUACUGGAAAGGAUUUUAUCAGAGCCUUCGGCCAUGUCAAAUGGGGCUAUCUUUGAAUAUAGAUGUGUCUGCCAGAGCAUUUUAUGAACCCAUUUUUGUUUCUGAGUAUGUGAAGAAGUUUGUUAGAGAUUUGAGUAGGCCUUUAACAGAUCAAGAUCGUUUAAAGAUUAAAAGAGAUUUGAAGGGUGUUAAGGUGGAAUUCGAUCAUCAAGGUCAAAUCAGACGGCGCGUCAAGAUCUCUGGAUUUUCUUCCAAACCGCCUCAUGACUUGAAGUUUAAACUUGAUGGAGGAGAGGAGACUUCUGUAGCCCAAUACUUCAAGCAGAAAUACAAUAUUGUACUCCGAUAUCCCAUGUUGCCUGCCAUUCAAUCCGGCAGUGAUGCCAAACCUGUAUAUUAUCCAAUGGAGGUUUGCCGAAUUGUCAAGGGCCAGCGGUAUACAAGAAAACUGAAUGAAAGACAAGUAACUCAGUUACUAAGAGCAGCAUGCAAACGUCCUGCUGAGAGGGAGACUUUGAUUGGUGAUAUACUCAAGAGGAAUGAUUAUAACAAAGACGAACUAGUGAGGGAAUUUGGAAUGCAGUUAGUUCCUGAGCUUACUGCUAUUGAUGCACGCGUCCUUCCACCUCCAAAGAUAAAAUAUCAUGAAUCUGGGCGUGAAUCUAUAGUUGAUCCUAGGGUUGGACAGUGGAACAUGAUAAAUAAGAAAAUGGUUGAUGCUGCGAGAGUGGAAUUUUGGACAUGUGUCAACUUUUCAAGGUGCAAUGAUCCAGAUAGGUUUUGUGGAGAAUUGCUUGAGAUGUGCUGCACUAAAGGGAUGGAUUUUAAUCCAUCGGCAGUGGUUCGUAUUCGUUCUGCUAAUCCUAGACAAAUUGAAAAGACUCUGAUUGAAAUUCAUAACGAGUGCACUGCUAAAAUUGCAAAUAUGAAGCCUGGUGGAAGUUUACAACUUCUAAUAGUUAUUCUUCCUGAUGUUAGUGGGUCCUAUGGAAAGAUCAAACGGAUUUGUGAGACCGAGUUGGGAAUUGUCUCGCAGUGCUGUCAACCUAGACAAGCAUCUAAGUAUGGUAACAAGCAAUAUCUUGAAAACGUCGCACUAAAGAUAAAUGUUAAGGUUGGUGGAAGAAACUGUUUUCUGGAGCUAGCUGUGCAGAGGAAAAUACCUUACCUCACUGAUCGUCCUACAAUUAUAUUUGGGGCUGAUGUUACUCAUCCACAGCCCGGCGAGGACUCAAGUUCUUCAAUUGCUGCGGUGGUUGCAUCUAUGGAUUGGCCGCAAGUCACAAAGUAUAGAGGGCUGGUUUCUGCACAGCCACAUCGUGAAGAGAUCAUCCAGGGCCUUUAUAAAACAUAUCAGGAUCCACAAAGAGGAUUGGUUCAUAGUGGCAUGAUAAGGGAGUUAUUAAUUGAGUUCAGAAAGUCGACAGGGCGUAAGCCAGAGAGAAUCAUCUUUUAUAGAGAUGGAGUAAGCGAAGGUCAGUUCAGCCAAGUUUUGUUAGAAGAAAUUGAUGCAAUUCGAAAGGCAUGCUGUUCGUUGGAGGCUGAUUAUCUCCCUCCAGUUACCUUUGUUGUGGUGCAGAAGAGGCAUCACACCCGCUUGUUCCCUGUGAAUCAUGGGGAUCGUAGAAUGACAGAUAAAAGUGGCAACAUACUGCCAGGUACUGUGGUUGAUACGAAGAUUUGCCACCCGACCGAAUUUGAUUUCUACCUUUGCAGCCAUGCUGGUAUCCAGGGGACCAGCCGUCCUGCCCAUUACCAUGUGCUGUUUGACGAGAACAGAUUCACUGCAGAUGCCUUGCAGAACUUGACAAACUGCCUGUGUUACACAUAUGCUCGGUGCACUAAAUCAGUCUCCAUUGUUCCACCUGCAUAUUAUGCACAUUUGGCUGCCUUUCGAGCUAGGUAUUAUGUUGAGGAUGAAAUAUCAGAUGGAUCUUCUGGAAAGUCCGGUGGUGGCAGGGCUACAAGGGACAGGGAUGCUAAUGUUAAGCCAUUGCCUAUAAUCAAGGACAAUGUGAAGGCUGUUAUGUUUUACUGCUGAAGAAAAUACUUAGUUGUUUUACUGCUGAAGAAAAAUACUUAGUUGUUUUGCUGUGGAAGAAAAGUACUUAAUUGUUUUUUGCUAUUCAACUUGGCUUUUGUUUAGUGCUGUUUUUUUUGCCAUCUUGGAGAUAGAUAUCCAAGGAUAAUUCAAACGUUGGUGUUUUGUCAGGCACAAAGUCAAGUUUGAAAACAAGAAAAUUAUUAACUUCUUGUGUUUUUGCGUAUUUAUUGUAUUUACA